AUGACGCAGACAAGUCUUGAUCUGCGUCCCGGUGCGGCGCAAACAAAGACAUCAAUGGAGGAUCUGAACGCCCAUCAAAAUGCCCCAGUCUCAAACCCGAAUGUCGAGACAACGCAAGUCUCGCCAAGUCCUUCGUCCGAUGAUUUCGAUUCCGCCAUUGGCGAGACCAUUGUCUGCGCGCUCUUUCCUAACAAGACGGGCAUCGAAACACCACACCCAGGUGCUGGGGCGCACCUGAGGAGUGAGAAGCAUGGUUGGCUACGAAGUCCAUCUAAUGUGGUCAUCGUUAAGCACUUCGGGAUUGAGGUUCUGAACUGCAACGCUGAACUAGCGGAGAAGAAUAAUUGUGGGUGUAGCACGAAGAGUCGCACCACGGAUGGGAUCCCCGGACGACAAACCUGGGGAUCAGAGCAUACACCAAAGGUUACCAACAAGAGAUACAGCCGGACUGGAGUCGACCGACAUGGUGGUUUCAAGCGGCAAUCAAAGCAAAGAAAACAGGACGGAAUCCCCAGCCCAAUUCCAGGCCGAAUAUAUCUGGCAUACUGGGAGAUGACGAGAGACUGGUUGCCAGCGCUGCUUCUACCUCACAUCGGCCUAGAGCAAUUCGGGAUACCAAAAACGAAAGGUCUCAAGUGGAAGAAGGAAUACGAGCGUGACGGGCCUCGUGUCCUGCAGCGAGAAUUUCCCGUUGUAUACUUUGAUGGAAACAAGUUCCUUGAUGGAAGCCCAGCAGAUUGGGUGAGGGCAGAAGAUUUGCAGGAACUGAAUGUGUUUGAUGCCUCGCCACGUCUUGUGCCGAAUCUGAAGUUUGCCAGGAAUUACCUCCGAAGGCGCAUAGAACAGGAGGCCCAGGCCGCAAGCGAGGGCUCGGCUCCUUUGCCAGACGUCGAAUCAGAUUCCGAGACAGCGCCAUCGUCUUGCAUCGCGGGGAGUGACAGUCCUAUAAUAGCCGCCCCAGGUGGCAUGGUCUUAUUGACGGAGGAGCUUGCUACUGAACCAAGCUCUCAAGGAAGGGAAGUCUCUUUGUCUCCAGACAUGGAAUCAGAAACAUCCCGGCCAAAUCUCCAGCUGGAGCAGGCCAAUCGACAUUGCCCCGGGAAUGCCCUAGAGCCCGAAUUGACCAGUGUUUCUGGUACAGAGAAAACUAUCAGUUUUGGCGCUGGCUCACAAAUGGGUGAUCGGAGAGCAAAUUGCCAAACGACGGUAGAAGGCGAAGCGGAUCAUGAGACAGAGUCUUCAGCCUGCACCGCACGAACGAGAAGUCUUGCCGGGUCUAUUUCUAUCGACUUAAACCAAUUGGUGGAGGGUUCUGCAGCCGAACCAUUCUUCCAGGAGAGGGAGGCCUCUUUGUCCCCAAGUUUGCAACUAGAAGUUCUGUCGCAAGAGCCCCAGCUGGAUCAACGGGAUCGAAGUUGUCACGAGAGUGCACCUGAGCUUGAGCUGAGGAGCGCUCCAAACACCGAGAAAGCUAUCGGCACUGAUGGUCGCUCGGAAAUUGCCGACCCCGAAGCAGCCCAUAUCUCAAUUUCAGAGGUCGAAAUGUCUGAUGAAGGCCAACCAACUACAGCAAGCGAACUGCCAAGUGUCCAACCUGCCAACGACACGAUGCAGAUUGACUGUGGUUAUUCAACUAGGAACAGCGACAGAGGCACCGCACAAGGCAACGACCUUUCUACAUCACUCAUACACAUCCAUCAACACCAGAUUCAACGCGCCUUGUCCAAUCACAUGGCAGCCGACCUACUCAACCUGAAAACAAAGGCAAUCGAUCUCAACUUUCCGAAAGGAAUACAAGGCCUCGAAGCGAGACAACCUCAGCUACCCCCAGCACGACCUCCAACUGCUCAAUGGCAUGCUGGAAAUCUUGUUCCACCUAACAACUCCACAACAUUUAGUUGCCAUGCCAUACAAAUAUCGUCGCCCCAGAACCGCAACGAUUCCGUAACAGGCACCGAAACUCCACAAUUAGGAAUAUUACACACACUACAACCAAAACCUCCGAUUACAGAUUGGAAUUCAACGGGCGGGCCACGGGUUACGAUGCGUUGGGACGCCGCCUAUCGAACUACAUAUGACUCUCGUUCCGAGGUUUCACAAAGAACGUCCCGUGCCUUGAAUCCGAAACCGCUGGUCACAGCCCCGACAAGUGGAUCACAAUCUCGAGACCCCGGGAUAACGCCAAGUAAAGUUCUAAGUACACAGCUUAGUGCUGGGGCUUUUGUUCCCAUCAAUACUGAAGCCAACUCCUCUACGCCUCCUAUCGGCCAGCUCCAAGCGACAAAGCCUCAGGUUCCCCAAGUUCCAACUCCCGAUAUUCCACCUGCAAAUACGAAGAUUUUUAGGAGAUCACACUUAGAAACACUCUACAGAUCAGACUCGGCGACAGUCUACUUAAUACGCAAGCCAUUCUUGGUUAGAUCCAGGGCUCCUAAUAGUGCAGACCAUUUAGACUAUUAG